AUGUCUUAUGACAGAUACUUAGCUAUUUGUAAUCCAUUGAAUUACUUCUCUAUAAUGAGCACCAGAUUGUGUCAUGAGUUAGGAAUAAUAUGCUGGCUUUCUUCUUAUUUAAUAGCAGUAGUGUACGUUGUCCCAAUGUGUACUUUGAAUUUCUGUGGCCCAAAUGAAAUGGACCAUUUUUUCUGUGAUAUGACCCCACUAUUGGAGCUCUCUUGCUCAGACACUUCUGCUGUAGAAAUGGAAGCAUUUAUUUUAUCCUUCCCUACAGUGUUUUGCCCUUUUUUGCUCAUUAUGUUCUCUUACUUACACAUUAUAUACACCAUUAUCAAGAUGUCAUCAGCCACAAACAGACAAAAAGCGUUCUCAACUUGUAGCUCCCACUUGGUUGUUGUAUGCACCUACUAUGGAACAUUGAUUUUAAUGUAUAUGGUCCCACACAAAAGUUAUUCAUUAAAUCCUAGCAAGUUUCUCUCAUUACUUUACAGUGUGGCAACACCUUUAUUAAACCCUAUUAUAUAUACACUCAGGAAUGAGGAGAUCAAAGUGGCAAUUGUGAAAAUGACAGGGGACCUAGGAAUAAAUAUAAUAUGGUAA